ACCUUUUUCAUCUCUCCCUCGACAUCCGCUUCGAGUCUUUCAUCCAGCAUCUGGUCGUCCGGCCCAAGCUCGAGCUACGCCAGUCGAGAAACGCAACCGGCCGCCAUGCCCGGACCAACCCCGACCGGCUACCUCUCGAAUACAUCCUCUGCGGUUGACGACGACGUGACCACGGCGGGCUCGGCGCAACGGCGUCCGCAUUCGUCCCGAAGCCGAAGAAGCUCGCGAUCGGCGAAUCCCCUGUUUACACGCUGGGGAAGACGUCACCAGCAACACCAACACCACGACUUUCACGACCGCCACAAUGGGUAUCUGCAGGACCCGAAUGGCUCGGACCACAGUUCGCCGGAAAGCCAGCCGAGCAGCGGCAACAACCCGGGCGUUAAGCGGCCAGUGCUUUCGAGGUCGAGCAACACUCAAAAACGACAGUCCCAGACUGGAGCGAUGCCGCAGAUGACGCGACAAGAGUUUGAGGCUCUGCCAUUGGCAAUCCAGCGAAAGUACUUCUCGACACUUGAACGGCUGCGCUUUGCCCAAGAGUCCGGCCUGGUUGACGGCAUCUCCCAGCACUACGACGACAUAUCACGCUUCAGGCGCCGGAAGUCAUGCCGAGACCGCAGCGUGUCUGAGCAUAUUCACCGGAAAUCCCCUCCCGAAAGUGAAUUCUCGGUUUCUGACCUGUCGCCUUCUUAUGUUGGUCUGCCUGGUGCACGGCAAAAGGAGUACAGUCGCGACAAGCAGGUCGUCCUCGCGCGACGCCUGCGUGCCAGCGUGAUUCUAGACGCCGCGGACGAGGCCAUUUACAAACUCAACCGACGGGCUAGUAGACACCUAGCCCCGAGCGUCGAUACCUACAGCACGCCCCCUUCGCCUCGGCCGAAUAGCAUGGAUUCUCACGUUGCCGCCAUGAAGAGUCCCCCCGCUCAGCCCAAUAGCAGAGAUGUCCCCCAGUCGUUUUACGAGAGCUUUCGAUGGCUGGAGGAAGAAGAGGACUUAGAUUUACGUCUCUUCCUCGACGACUAUCACGCAAACUUGAGGGAAGGCAUGCCCUCGCCAACAGAGAAGCCGCGGCCGUCUUUCCGUCGGCACCUGUCUAUAUCAAAGAUUCCGUUCAGCCGAAACUCGGUUUCGAUGAGCAGGCCGGGGACUAAGGACACGACAUCGCCCACCUCCCCAACACAUAGCCCGUCGGGCAGCGCGUCCAACCCGUUUGGGCAAACCAAGCGCAAGUCUCGGGCAUUGUCGUUGAUCACACCCAAGCAUUCACCGCAGGAGUCCAUCACAGCAUUUGAUCCGGCUGCGGCCCACUAUCAAGAUCCUGAAGCCCGCUUAAAGCUGCGGGUUUAUCUAGCAUCACCCCAGAAAUUCGACGAGGCCAUCGAGUUUGGGUUCCCGUCAAUAGACAUGUUCUCGGGCGCACCCGUGCCUAAUGACGGCGGAGCCUCUCAGCAGCGGCAGGAGAGGCAUAAAUGGACGGAGAGCUCUCCAAACAUGCGCUCAUUCUUGGCAGACGAGGAUGACGACGAGGAUGACGACAAGCUGUCGCUGCAUAGUGAUCAGCUUUCGGUGGCUGAUCCGGAUUCGCCAACUACACCACAUACGCUGGAGAACAAGCCCACCGGUCUUCGGCACCUGCGCAUGGUCUCGGCCGAUCCGGCAUUUCUCAAAGAUUCUAGUAAUCGCGCUCCCGAAGUGGGCGGUUAUGCCCAGGCGCCCGCCUCGUCUCGCGAGAUGACGCUACGCAUGACACUGACGAGGCCGGAUCUACGCGCCAACGACGAUCAAAUCUACGGGUGGCAGCAAAAGACGGGCCACCCCGGCCAUGGGAGGUCGAUGACCGGAACGGCGCAAGGUUUGGAAAAUAACGGUGUUUACGGCGAUGGGAUUCCUAAGGAGAGCCUGGAAAAGGCAUCCGCAGGGAUGGAUCACUGGGCAAUGAAUGCAACCGACAAGGGGGUCAUGAAAAGAAUAUGGAACCGCAUGCGGCGAUCGUGA